AUGAGUUUAACAUUAGUAUCCUUCAAUAUUUGCCCAUACGUUCUUAGAGUGGUUGCAGCACUUAACCACUUGAAGAUCCCUUAUGAAAUAAAAUACAUCGAUUUAGAGAAUAAGCCAGAAUGGUUUGUUAAGGCAAGUCCAUUAGAAAAAGUGCCUAUUCUUUUUGUUGGUGAGACAGUCCUUUUCGAGUCCCUUGUUAUCUUAGAUUAUAUCAAUACUCUUGCUCCUCAAUCUUUACUUCCAGCUGACAAUCUAUAAAAAGCAUUGAAUAGAGCAAGAGCAGAAUUUUCUGGAGAAAUCAUUAGUACAUUCUGGGGUGUAUUUUCAGCUAAAACAGAAGAGGUAUCUAUAAUAUUUAUGUCUAGUAAUUCAAAAAUAAUUUUGCUGAAUUGAAGUGGUAUUUCGAGAAAUUAGAAGGAUGGUUGUCUUAAUCGAAAUUCAUUUUUGGCAAUGAGUUGACUUUGGCUGACUUUGCUUAUGCACCAAUAUUCACAUUGCUUGAUGCAAUUAAACCACUUUUGAAAUUGAAUGUCUUUGAAGGAUUUCCAAGAUUAUAAGAAUAUUCUUAACAAAUUUUAUCACUACCAGGAGUCUAAUCAAGCAAAGUAGAGAAUUACGAUUAACUCCUCCAAGAAAGAUUAAAGAAAGGAGAUCCCUACAUUUUGACAUAAUGAGAUAUGUUUAUUACAUAACAUUUAUCUACAAUUAUUUGAUUAUCAGAUUUUAUAAAUGUA